AUGGAAUAACAUAAUUUAAUUCAGGAAGGUAACAUCAGCAGUAACGUUGCUAGAUAAUAAAACGCAAAUAUCAAGCCUCCAAUUUUCACAGAAUUUUAAUUUAAGCUUAUUUUUGGUUUACUUGGAACUGCUCUGGCAAGUGGAAUGACAGUCGGAGUCAUUAAGAUCAUGGGUAGUCUUUUCUUGAAUAAAAGUGCUUGA